UGCGUCAGGUGUCAGGUGAAUAAAAUUUCAUCUUUGUGCCCGUAGAAGUAAAAAGCAUGAUGCAAAGGAGGCGGAAACCUCUCCUUCUGCUGUGUUUGACUGCAGCAGUCGCCAUGAAUAUCCUGGGAGAUACUGCUGAGGCCGUGGAGGGGGUUGCGCUGGAGGUAAAGAACUUGACCAACAAGUCUCUGCAAGUCAUUCCUCACAGUGGCAACAGCUCCUCUCUUACUAAACUGAUGGUUGAGGGGAACUUUAUCACUCUGACUGAGGAGGAUGGAUUGGCCCUGGCCAGUUAUCCUGCACUGGUAGAACUCCACUUGGAUGAUAACCGGAUGACUGAUGUACCAGCCAAGUACUUCUCAGUGGUGCCACGCCUCAGAGUGCUGUCUCUGUCCAGGAACAACAUCAGCGGCCUGGAUCCUGAGGCUUUCUCUGGCCUGGAUAAUCUGACAGAUCUGGACCUGUCCCACAACCUGCUGACAAGUCUCCCCACACAGCUGCUCAGAGGGCUAAACAAUCUGCAGGUGCUGAAUCUCCAGGAAAACCCCUGGAAUUGUUCCUGUCCACUGCUGAGCAGCAUUAGAGAGGUCACGGCGGGAAAUGUUAGCAUUGGGGGACCACGAGCCACCUGUGCUUCUCCAGAAAAUCAGGCCGGACAUGAUCUUUUAGAGGCUGCAGCUGUAUGUUACCCAGCACCAUCACCCACCUUCGCUACAGACACACAAAAACCAAAAACACACACAACAGUCAACUCUCAACAGUCCUGGGGUUCAUCCACUGUGCUGAAGACCACACAGUCAUCAAGCAAGAACAUCACCAUAAACAGGGGUAAGACUAAGAGAGAUAAAGGCCAGACCCCUGUGUUCGGCAACACGUGGAAGUUCACAGCAUGUGUUGCAGCCUUGGCUCUAAUAACCUCCAUGCUCAUUGUAUGUGCCAUCAAGGGGCCUUCCUUGUACAAGCUCUUCCACAACUACCAGCACCGGCGGCUAGACCAAGAGGAGGAUGAGGAGGAAGACGUUGUGUCAACGGUCUUCUCAGGGACAGGAAGAUACGUCAACCAUCAGACAUUCACCUUCGAGCAAGGGAACGCACAGAUAGAGAUAGAGGAGGAAGAGGAAGAUGGGUAUUUUGAGGAUCCAUACAUCAAGAGGGACGAAUGACAUGCAGGAGAACCGUGACAAAUCACACAGCUGCUUCGGUCACAAGAAGAGGAGGCAAUUACCUCCUGUCACUUGUGUCACACCUAAAUACUCUGUGUUUAAUUGGGGGCUGUUAAAUUGUACAUAUUUAUUUUUUUUAGCACUGCUAAAUACUAUCAAUCUAAGAGUUAAGAAAAGGGUUCUCUUAGCUCUAUGCUCUCACUGUGAGUUUGUUGUAGUGUUGGUACUGAUCUUAUGUUCCUCUAUAGCAUCACAUCAUUGCCACAAAUAUGAAGUAAAAACUUGACUGUAACAUGAUCUCUUGCUCUUGCUCACCUAAGAAACUAACAUAUCAAACCUUAUAUAUCAGGCCCACUAAACAUCAGAGAGGUGUGUAUUUAUUCUGCUCCCCAUUCCACUGUUCCACACCCUGGUGUUAUGCAGACAGGUCUUCUACAAAAUGUGGUUGUAUAGUGGAAAAAAACAAACCAUGCCUCUGUGCACGAGAUUGCAUUUUUCAUAUAUGUAAAUAUUUAGAAUAAAACACUGACAGACACAGAAAGAUGUAGAAUCAAAUCAUUCAAAUCUGAAUCUGAGACUCUGGCAAAUUACUUCAGAUGUGUUACUGCAGUCAUAAACCUCUGCACAAGGGAUCUCAUGCAACGUGUGUUUGAGAGAUCACACAAUAAUCAACAUAAAUAAACUUU